GGGCGGUGUCGUCGGUCACAUGCGCACCUGGGGGGGCGGUGCCGCCGGCGCGGGCACCGAGAGCCGAUGGCAGGGAGCGGGGCCGGGCUGGGGCGGGGUUAGGCAGGUGAGUGACAGGCUCCGGGGGGCCGGCCCCAGCUGGGAGCCCCGAGCGAACCGGGAGUAGCUGCGGCGGUGCCCGCCCCCUCUCUCCGCCCCUCCAGCGGAGCUGGUCUCCGGCCGGGCACCGUCGCGGGCCCCCCUGGCCCGGCCACCUGGGACUGUGCUGGGUAGUCGGCCACCUCCCUCUCCCCCCUCGCCCGCAAAGUUUGUGGCGAAGCCGGUGCAGGGGUAGAGCACGCCCCCGGGGGAGAUCGGGGAGCUCCGGAUGCCGGGCGGCAGGAGCCGUUGACCCGGGACGCCGCCGUCCGGGGCAGGAGCGCGGAGCAGCCGACCACCACGCCGCCUCCGGUGCAUGGGGCCCGGCUGAGGAGCCAGCAUGGGCAACUGCGUGGGGAGACAGCGCCGGGAGAGGCCGACCGCCCCAGGACACCCCCGCAAGCGAGCAGACUAUUUUCAUCACAGCAGCCAGAGAGAUGCUGUAAACUCUAUUAAAAAGAGAAUAAAGGACGCAACGAGCCCCUGAAGAAGGAGCGGCUGAAGUGGAAGAGCGACUACCCAAUGACCGACGGGCAGCUGCGGAGCAAGAGGGAUGAGUUCUGGGACACAGCGCCCGCCUUCGAGGGCCGCAAGGAGAUCUGGGACGCCCUCAAGGCUGCCGCCUACGCAGCCGAGGCCAACGACCACGAGCUGGCUCAGGCCAUCCUGGACGGAGCCAGCAUCACCUUGCCUCAUGGCACCCUCUGUGAAUGCUACGAUGAGCUGGGCAAUCGCUACCAGCUGCCCAUCUACUGCCUGUCGCCACCCGUGAACCUGCUUCUUGAGCACACUGAGGAGGAGAGCCUGGAGCCCCCUGAGCCCACCCCCAGUGUGCGCCGAGAGUUCCCGCUGAAGGUACGCCUCUCCACGGGCAAGGACGUGAGGCUCAGCGCCAGCCUGCCUGACACGGUGGGGCAGCUCAAGAGGCAGCUGCACACCCAGGAGGGCAUCGAGCCAUCCUGGCAGCGAUGGUUCUUCUCUGGAAAGCUGCUCACAGAUCGCACGCGGCUCCAGGAAACCAAGAUCCAGAAAGAUUUUGUCAUCCAGGUCAUCAUUAACCAGCCCCCGCUGCCCCAGGACUGAGGAGCCCACGGACCCCUGGGCAGAGAGACCAGGGAAGGCCUCUGCAGGGCUGAGAGGCCUCCCGGCUGGAGCACUAGUCACCCCCACCCUGCCGCUGCCUUUGAGAGCCGUUCUUUUCUCCAGGGGAGCCUCCCGUGUAUGGCUGCCGGGCGAGCCCUGAGGGGACCCUGCUUCCCAGGGACUCCAUGGGCCACCAGUGCCCAGCACCCAGGAAACAGUGUGCUGCCACACACAGGCCUUGCCAACCUUGUCAGAGUAAAGGCAAACCAGGGUCCUCCACCCUGCCUCUCUCCCGCGGCAGGUUCAAGCCACGAGGGCCAGCCCGGAGGCCCCUGGAGCCCAGAUCUGUCAUCUGGUGCUGCCGGCUGUGCUCACUCCGGUUUUCUGCUCAGGGUCUGAAGCAGCUGCUGUCUCCCUCCCUUGCCCCUACCCCCUGACUCUGCCCUGGGCCCAGUGCCAGCCCCCCAGAGGGGAGGGGACCACUCAUGAGCCCCGGGGGUGGGGAGCCCGAGGCCGGCCUCUGCCUCGCCCGGCCCCCAGCACAGCUGGCAGAGAUGAGGUGGUGGCCGAUGGCUGGGCUGUUGUGGCAGAGGCCUGCACAGGGCCAUCUCCUGGCUGUAACCCCGGCAGUGGGGGGUCUGCAGCCCGCUCACGGCCCCGCAGCAGGUCCCUGUGUGCAGACACGUCUGCAUAUUUAUCAAUAAAGCCUUUUGCUCCUUCCUUC